GGAUCCUCCCACCUGUUCCCCUUUCCUGUUCGGGACGUCCGAGAUAGGAAACACCAGCGAAACGUACUGCUGUCGAUCAUCCCGGAGGCAGUGGAAGAAGACACUCGUUCGUUUGUUUGUUUGUUUGUUUGUUUGUUUGUUCUUUAUAUGAGUAACUCCUCCCAGGUGUUCGACGAUGCACCAAGCGGAGGAUCACUCCGCGCUGCUCAAGCUCUCCUCCGCGCUGUUGUACGCGGGCAGCUCGUUUCUGAUCACGGUGCUGAACAAGACGGUGCUGACGAGCUUCAGGUUUCCCUCCUACUUGUGUGUGGGCAUUGGCCAGAUGAUCACCACUGUUGUUGUGCUUUAUGCUGCCAAAAAGAGCAAGGUGGUCCAGUUCCAAGACUUUGACAGAAGUGUUCUUUUUAAAAUGUUCCCUCUUCCUCUGCUGUAUGUUGGGAACCACGUAACGGGACUGGCCAGCACCAAAAAACUCAGUUUGCCCAUGUUUACAGUGUUACGGAAAUUCGCCAUAUUGAUGACAAUGAUCUUGGAAGUAUAUAUACUAAGAAAAACAUUCCCAAAGCGACUUGUGUACAGCGUCGUGACCAUAGUGUUCGGUGCCGUGGUUGCUGCAAGUUCGGACCUGGCCUUCGACGUGCAGGGCUACACCUUCAUCCUGCUGAACGACGCCUUCACAGCGGCCAGCGGUGUGUACACCAAGCAGAAACUCGACACUGAGGGUCUCGGGAAGUACGGGGUGUUAUAUUACAAUGCGCUGAUCAUUCUUAUCCCCACCAUCUUGGCAAGUGCAUUUACUGGAGAUUUACACGAGGCAGUCGCGUUCGAGGACUGGGCUGAUGUCUCGUUCACCUUUUGUUUCCUCUUGUCCUGCAUCAUGGGGUUUGUGUUGAUGUAUUCCAUCGUCCUGUGCAGCUAUUAUAACUCUGCACUCACUACCUCAGUCGUGGGGGCGAUUAAGAAUGUCGCAGUAGCCUAUGUUGGCAUAUUUGUGGGUGGCGACUACCUCUUCUCUUGGACGAACUUCCUCGGCCUCAGCAUCUGCAUGUCAGGAGGACUGGUGUACUCAUAUCUCACCUUCAACAGCACAUCCUCCGCGGGGAAAACUGAAGAAGCACAAGAGUUGAAGAGUUGACAUGAUGACAAGAGAUUCCACAGGGAGGUCCCCAGCCAGCUAAAUGGACAAUACUUUUUACCAUACACCACUUGGUGGCGUUGUUCUUCUUCAUAUUGGAGAAUAAUAUUGCUUCCACUCCUUUUAUCACCUUCUCCGAGGAGAUGAUGUUUUCAUCCGUGGCUGUCAGUUUGUUUAUGUGUCAACUGGCUUAUACAGAAAAUACCGAACCAGUUUGGACGGAGCUUUGGCCAGGGAAGAACGACCUGUUCAAUGUGGGUGCAGAUCCAAGUUAAAGUUUUUAAUCACUUUCCCAAACAACGCGACAUAAGGCGUUUAUGCCAUGUGUUUUUAUUUAAUGUUGUUGUAGAUUAUCAGACCACUUCCUUUUAUGUAUAUUUUUAAAGGUAGACAUAGACGUGAGGGAUUGUUCGGGCCGUAGACGAGAAAUGAACUGCCGAUCUUGUUUUUAUAAUAAUGUAAACUGAAUCAAUUGAUUUCCUUGCAUACAUUAAUGCUGUUAUCCAUGUAAUUGCACUACUAAAUUAUGACAUGAAUAAAUUGAGACAAGGAUCACUUAAAAAUUC